AUGGAGUUCACUAAAAACAAAUUACUCAUUUGUAUAUGGCUCUGGUCACUAUUCUGUAUUGUAGUUACGUUAGCCAUAACUUUUGGAACUUCUUUUCAAAACGGAUUCUUUGAAAGAGUUCCGAAUUUUGUGGUCUUCUUGCUAUGGACUGCAAUUCCAAUGCUCCUAAUUAUGGACUUGUUCGUGAAUAAGGUUUUUUGGGUGAUGGCUACUGUUGGUACUCCGUGCUUGAUCAUUUCAUUAUUUGGAGCAUUCUGUCUUAUCGGCUCGAAAAAUUGGAAGCUUAUUUUUCUUUAUUUGUUCUUUGUGUUCAGUCUUGUUCCCCACCUCGUUGUCGUUUUCUAUAUGAGAAAAUUUCUAAAAAGUUGUGAAAAAACUGCUCGACGACAAGACGAAGAGAGGCAGUUGGAAGAGAACAGAAGGGAGCAAGAAAGGGAACUGGAAGAUGAAAGAAGACGUCACGAAAUGGAGAUCGAGCAAGAGAGAAUGAAGAAUGAAAUGGAAUUUGAGAAUAAAGCUGAUCAAGUGAUGAGACUGUUGGAACGACAAAAUCUGGAAAGAAUGGUCGCGGCUGGAAUUGAUUCGAAAUCAUCAAAGCUGUCAUUAGCGGCGUCUGGUUCAUCGGGAACUCCUUGCACUUCUGAACUUGUUGCGUGGAAAUUCUCAAAGCUGUCAUCCAUCGGAUCAUCGUCAACGUCAUAG